ACCGAUUCCCUACCCUCACCGUCGCGGAUAAUUAAUAAAUAAAACCCCAAAAAGAAAUAUCCAAGGCCGCGCCGUGCGCGCAAUCCCCCUCGCUCGCACCAUGGCGCUGCAGCUCCAGCUGCCGCGGCCGCUCGCCGCCGCACGGCCCUCUAUCCUCCUCCCUUCCCCAGCCCAUGGUGCCUCCGCUUCCGCGACCCCCCUUCACGCCCGCGCAGGCGGCGUUGCGUUUUCGCUCCAGACCAACGUGCGCCUCCUCAAGCCCAACCGCCGCGUCCGCCGCUCUCGGGACCCCUACUACGAUCUCGACGAGGACGACGAGGAGGAGGCGGAGUUCGACGAGGACGAUGAAGACGACGAGGAGGGCUACGAGAGCGAUGAUGACUUGUCGGGUUUGGAAUAUCCUGGUGUACUUUAUUCAAACAGCCCUCGUGCUUCAAGCAAGAAACCAGUGGUAAAAGAAAACUGGGAAGGAAGACAAACCAAAACCCAUGACAAAUACGGUAGUCCAGGAAGAAGUAAGUCCAUGCAUCCUAGGAGUAAAGUGGGACGAUCAUCAACAGAUCUUAAGAACAUGGACAGAGAAGUUGAGUUGAAAAAUGCAAGUAUCUCUCGAAGUCUGUUCCAGAAACUACAAGAAGAAUAUGACUUCGAUGACAAAUGGUUACCACUGAUUGAUUACUUGUGCACCUUUGGACUAAAAGAGUCUCAUUUUACUUACAUCUAUGAGAGACACAUGGCCUGCUUUCAAAUCAGUCAGGCUUCAGCAGAAGAAAGGUUGGAUUUCCUGCUAAAUGCUGGGGUUAAAAGCAAAGAUAUGAAAAGGAUACUGGUGAGGCAGCCACAGAUUCUGGAAUACACCCUUGGCAAUCUGAAAUCUCAUGUUGAUUUUCUCGUGAGCAUUGGAGUUCCAAAUAGACGAAUAGGGCAAAUUAUUUCUGCUGCUCCUUCGAUGUUCUCUUACAGUGUGGAGCAGUCUCUGAAGCCAACAGUAAGGUAUCUGAUUGAGGAAGUAGGUAUUGAGGAGAGUGAUGUGGGGAAAGUAGUGCAGCUAAGCCCACAGAUUCUGGUGCAGAAAAUUGAUAGUGCAUGGAAAUCUCGAUCGCUUUUCCUGUCAAAAGAACUGGAUGCUCCCAAACAUAGCAUUGUUAAGAUGGUCACAAAACACCCUCAGCUGCUUCACUACAGCAUUGAAGAUGGAAUCUUACCUCGACUAAAUUUCCUGAGAAGCAUUGGUAUGAGAAACUCUGACAUUCUCAAAGUAUUGACAAGUCUUACUCAGGUGUUAUCUUUGUCAUUGGAGGACAAUCUCAAGCCAAAGUAUCUUUACUUGGUCAAUGACCUCAAGAAUGAGGUCCAAUCCUUAACGAAAUAUCCUAUGUACCUGAGUUUGUCUCUUGAUCAAAGAAUCCGUCCCCGCCAUCGUUUUCUGGUUUCCUUGAAGAAAGCUCCAAAGGGCCCAUUUCCUCUGAGCUCCUUUGUGCCCACAGAUGAGCGUUUUUGCCAGAGGUGGGCUGGGACUAGCUUGGAGGCAUACCAUACAUUCAGACAGAGGUUGCUGCUAACAAGUUUCGCAGAGAAGUCUGGAAGGAAAACACUAGUCUCAAGACGGUAGAUGCCUAGGUGGUGGGAGUUUGUUUCUCUUGAGCCCACGCUCCUAACAGUAAGAUGAUCUCUUUCUGAUUUUAGAGUUUGUUUGGUAGCAGUCUGCAUACGCAUAGUACUGAUUAGUGAUUAGUUCACAGUUCUCAGGAAAUGGGCUUGGUUGCUGACUUGGUACUUGAUGUUCACAGGGUUUAUACUGCAUCAUUAACUAUAGCAUAUACUUAUCGUCCAUAUCACCUCCCUAAUGGUGAAAAGUCUUCACCGAAUUCCCUCAAUCAGCUGCAAAUGGAUGACAAUCUAAGAGAAAUGCAUUAUUGCCAGUCGCCAGAAUGGUUGGAUGGACACUUGGUUACCUAGCUCUAGGAGUACCUCGCCUUGACGGCUAAAACUGUUGUGCAGUCAAGCUUUCGGUGGAAUCGCCAUGCAACCAAACUACCAAGUCAUAAAAAGUUUCCAAAAAAAAUAUAGAGGUACUUUAUUAUUUAUUCUAUCAAUAUACUAGAUUUUAAGUUCUAAUUCAUCAUAUGUUAAGAGAUUAAAAAAGAGAAAAUUUAUCAUUUUUUAAUCCUUUAUAUUGGAUAUAAUUUUUCUCUUUUUUAUUUCCCUUGACGAGGAUAAGUUAGAAUUUAAAUUUUGAUAUAUUGGUAGAGCAGAUAAUAAAAUAUCUAUAUCUAUGGUUUUUUUAGAUUUUUCAUGACUUUUGGUAGUUUAAUUGCACAGGAAGCUUGAUUGCACAACGAAUUUUCCCAGCAGUUUUUUCCCGUCUUGAUUGCUAGUUUUACUAUUAAGUACAGCUUCUGAACAAAAUGCUACGCUAGAAACAUGUAGCCUAACUGUAAGAGUGCCAUCACAGGCAGCCUUGUGUACUGCUGUAAUUCUGCAAUGCCUUUUGACAUUGGGGGUUUCCUUUUUUUGUGAAGGCUUGCUAUCAUGAAUCAUACACGGCUUGUACGUCCUACCAUUUCAUGGUGGUUGGGUUAGAACUCUC